UUGGACAAGUGGAGUACAGUUUAACGGCGGCACAAAGACCGAGGAGCCAGCGGGUGGAAUUGGUCGAGGUGUUCGCUCUGCCGAUUGCUAAGAGUCUCGAAUCCGUAGAUUACAGCGAGAAAAAAGUUCAACGUAGAUCUUCCACAGCAGCGCUUUGUAGCACGAUGCUGAUGAAUGAAUACGACCUGGAAGACUUUCACAGAUACGCGGAGGUGAAGUUAUUGCAUAAAAAAUUGCAGUUGAACGACACGUAUCUCAACCCUACGAAGAUGAACACCAUCAUACCGAUCAUCCCCAAGCCCACGCGCGAUAUCAUGGACCUCGUGCUUCUGCUGCUUGGCUGCAACUUGAAUGUCCUGCUCGGUCUCGUUAUCCUGCUGAAUUCUUCCAUGCGCACCACCGCCAAUUGCUACAUAAUGAGCCUGGUGUGCUCGAACCUGAUGAUUCUGAUCGAGCCGUUUAAGCAAGCGCUACGCUGGAUCUUCGAUAUGCACCUCAGGAUAAAUCUCGACUAUAUAUUUUUGGUGACCUUCGGCACGUCCGUGCUGACGACAGUUCAGCUUCACAUCGAGGCGUACGUGGUGAUCUGUCAUCAAAGCUCACGUCUGCGCGCACCGCUCCUGAAAAUCUCCACGGCCGUGAAGGGCAUUCUGUUCAUCUGGAUAAUGAGCGUUGUCCUGACAUGCACCGAGCUGCACUUAUACAAACACUACGAGAAAGAGGUCAUGUACGACAUCUGCGUGUCCUCCACCGUUAUGUUCCUAAUGUUCCCGUGUUUUAUUUUCGUUAUGCUCGACAGCUUUAUUCUGUAUGACCUGAUAACCAUGAGAUCGAUAGACGGAACAUGGUCGAGCAAGGAUAUCGAGCGUUUCCUCCUGCUAGUCAGCAUCACCGUUGGAUUCGUUUUCUUCAUGAUGCCGUAUCGGGUCGCGCGAUCUCUCACUCUAAUAACGUCAUUCUGCUGCAGCGACUUGGCGAUAGAGGUGGUUUAUACGAUGGUUAAAAUGUAUCCCACAGUCCUGCCGAUAACGUGUUUCGUAAUGUCGGAGAAGUUCCGUCGAGCGCUCGAGGUAAUGCUACAUUGUCAACCACGCGAAGUUCCCGUCACGAUGUGAAAGGUCGCAAAUACACUCGAACGGACACGACGAAAAUAUGUGAAAAGCGCUUCCACGUUUCUAUUGAAGCACCGUCUACAUAUAUUUCAUCGCAGUCUCGGUAAUAUCCGUCACUUAUAUGUCGCACUUUUGAAUAAUUUAUUAUCCUCCAGAAGAAGUUAAAAUUCACGCGUGCAAUAAGCAAACACAUCCGCUCCCGCGGGAAGGGAAGAAAGGGACGACCGGCGACGAGCAGAGUCUGCACACAAAUUUUCGAAUUCACUGAGCUCUCUGUAUGCAAAUUAGUUUCCCUUUAAGCCUCUGCUCCGAGAGAGCCAGAGUUAAAGCAGCAUUGUACUUAUGGGCGCGCUGUAUAUUCAUGCAGAUCAGGCGAUAUGUAUUUUGUUUCGUUUCUCAUACUCUGUGAAUUAUAAUACGUAUUGUUCUAAUCAGAAGUUCGACGUUUUCGAGUUGUGUACACGGCGUGUUAUAUUUUUCAUGUGUGUCCACAUUGUUAUGUAAAAUCCACAAAUUAAAUCGACGUCGAUACAAAUCGACGACGAUGAAGAAAUUUGUUAAAAAAGUUGCUGAAAAAUCCAGUUGAAAAAGAAAGUUGAGAAACCGCAGCGACACUCAACAUAUCCGACAUUCUCCGCGUAUUCUCAACGCGCACUUGGUUGAAUUAAAAUUACAUUCGAGUAAGA